AUCAACAAAAGCAGCCAGCGCCAAGCAAAGCAAGUGAUUUGUUUUCGUAUGUUGAUUUUAAAUAAUUUAAUUUCACUUGCUAAACGUAUCCAAUUUGUAAGAAUGGCUUCGUCAGCAAAGAAGAUUAAGUUAUCGGCCCCGUCUGCAUCUAGUGGAUCCGAAACCGGCACGAAUGUGGAAGAGUUUAUGAAAAAAAUUCAAGCGAAACGCGAGGAUACCGCCAAGUCUAUUUUAGACUACAAGUUUAACAAAAAGCGUGUAAGAAUUAUAUCAGAGGAGCAGCUGGUCCCUGAAGGAUGCGAAGGGAUUGUUUACUGGAUGUCCAGAGACAGCAGGGUUCAAGAUAACUGGGCGUUUUUGUUCGCCCAAAAACUUGCUUUGAAAAAUGAAGUUCCACUGCAUGUGUGUUUUUGUUUGAUUGCAAAGUAUUUAGAUGCUUCCGUGAGACAGUUUCAUUUUCUUAUUAAAGGUUUAGAAAAGGUUGCAGCUGAUUGUAAGAAACUCAACAUAUCCUUCCAUCUUCUCGAAGGCAGUGGGGCUGAUGCCCUGCCUCAGUGGGUCGUUGACCACAAGAUUGGGGCAGUGGUCUGUGACUUCAACCCUCUACGGGUGCCACUGGGAUGGUUGGAUGGAGUUAAGAAAAAGAUAAAGAAAGAUGUGCCUCUUAUUCAGGUGGAUGCCCACAACAUAGUGCCGUGCUGGGUGGCUUCCGACAAGCAGGAGUACUCUGCCAGGACCAUCAGAAACAAGAUCAACUCUAAACUAGAUGAGUUCCUCACUGAGUUCCCGCCUGUUAUCAAACAUCCUUACACAAGCAAGUUUGAGCCUGAGCCAAUAGACUGGGAUGAAGCCAUAGAGUCAAGAGAAGCGGACAAGACAGUGGGUCCAGUGGAAUGGGCCAAGCCCGGCUAUGACGAGGGCAUGAAACAGCUCAAGAGCUUUCUGGACAAAAGACUCAAGAUCUUUGCCACAAAGAGGAAUGACCCCACACAGGAUGCUUUGAGUAAUCUAUCGCCAUGGUUCCAUUUUGGCCAAAUAUCAUCGCAGCGCACUGCACUCUGCGUCAAAGAGUAUAAAAGCAAGCACACAGAGAGUGUAAAUGCAUUCCUAGAGGAGUCCAUAGUGCGGUGUGAACUGGCCGAUAAUUUCUGCUUCUAUAAUGAAAACUAUGACAGCAUUAAAGGAGCCAGCAACUGGGCACAGAAAACUUUGGAUGACCAUAGAAAAGACAAACGCACACACAUCUACACUCUGGACCAGCUAAAGAACGCACAAACACACGACGAGCUAUGGAACUCCGCGCAGAUACAACUGGUGAAGGAAGGCAAGCAACACGGCUUCCUGCGCAUGUACUGGGCUAAGAAGAUCCUAGAGUGGACGCCCAGUCCUGAAGAUGCACUGAAAUACUCCAUAUACCUGAAUGACCACUACAGUAUAGACGGCAGGGAUUCUAAUGGAUAUGUCGGCUGCAUGUGGUCGGUCUGCGGCAUCCACGACCAGGGCUGGGGCGAGCGCGCAGUGUUCGGCAAAAUACGCUUCAUGAACUAUCAGGGGUGUAAGCGCAAGUUCGACGUGAACGCGUUCGUUGCGCGGUACGGGGGCAAGGUUCAUAAGUAUGUGCCGCCUAAAGAUGCUAAGUGAGAGGAUUUAGGGGGUUUUAAGCUACUCCUACUGUUGUUUAGUGGGUGAAUUGUGUUGAACAUAUUCGUUUCGAUUGUCUAGUUUUAAUCCUUUAUAAGGUUAAAUAGUAUUUCAAUCUUAACUAUCAUGGCCUAAAGUUCAAAAUAUUUAUAUCACUGCCUGUAAAAGGGUUAAAGAAGUGUCCAGCCAAUAAAAGCGCGUUUUAAAUGUAUUUAGGAUAUCAACUGUUGUGAAAUAAUAACGAAAGUACAAUCUCAAUUUGAAUAGAAAUUUAAGGCCUACCUCAUAGAAUUAUGUGUAAGGAUGUUUGUGGUCGAUAUUGUGUGAUUUUAAUACAAGUAUCUUGUUUAGUAAUGUUUAUCGAUGUUUACGUAAGUUAUUUUAUACCUUAAUGCCAGUUGUUAAUUUAAUUAACGUACUUAACUUAUACUUAAAUAUAAAUUCUUAUUUUUACGUAUUGAAAUUAUGAAUACGGUACCUGAAUAAGAACAUUUUGAAUCUAUUUUUCAAUGAAAAUAAAAUACAUAUUUUCGCUUUUAAU